AUGGUGGGGGCUCUUCCUACAGCCAGGGACAAGGGGCCAGCACCUGGGGAGAGAGGCUGCGAGUGUGGCAAUGCCUCUAAUCAGAAUUCAAAGCUUAGUCAAGCUCAGCAAAUCCAUACUGGCAAGAAACCCUAUGAAUGUAAGGAAUGUGGAAAAGCAUUUAUGUCUUGCUCAAAUCUUAGUCAACAUCAGCGAAUUCAUUCUAGGGAGAAGCAUUAUAAAUGUACAAAGUGCGGCAAAGCCUUUAAUCAGAACUCAAAGCUUACUCAACAUCAGCGAAUCCAUACAGAGCAGAAACCUUACAAGGCUAAGGAAAGUGGCAAAGCCAUUUUUAGGUGUUCACAUUUCAGUCUGCAUCAGCAAGUUCAUGCUAGGGAGAAACCAAGCAAAUGUAAAGAAUGUGGCAAAGUGUUUCCUUGUAGCUCAUGUCUUACUCAAUAUCAGGUAAUUCAUAUGCAGCAGAAAUCACACAAAUGUAUGAAGUGUGGCAAAGCCUUUAAUCAGAAGUCAAAUCUUACUGAACACCAGAGAAUUCAUACUGGAGAGAAGCCUUAUAAAUGUAAGGAUUGUGGCAAAGAAUUUAACCAGUGCUCAGGUCUCACUUACCAUCAGAAAAUUCAUACUAGAGAGAAUCCUUAUAAAUGUAAAUAUUGUGGCAAAGCGUUUAGACAGCAGUCAUGUCUUACUAAACAUCAAGUAAUCCAUACUGGAGAGAAAUCUUAUAAAUGUAAAGAAUGCGGAAAAGCCUUCAGUCACUACUCAACUCUUACUAAACACCAGCGAAUUCAUACUGGAGAGAAGCCUUAUAAAUGUAAGGAUUGUGGCAAAGAAUUUAACCAGUGCUCAGGUCUUACUUACCACCAGAGAAUUCAUACUGGAGAGAAACCUUAUAAAUGGACAGAAUGUGGGAAAUCCUUUAGUCAGAACUCAACUCUUAUUCAACACCAGCGAAUUCAUACCUGGGAGAGGCCUUAUAAAUGUAAGGAUUUUGCCAAAGACUUUAGCAAGCCCUCAGGUCUUACAUACCAUCAGAUAAUUCAUACUGGAGAGAAACCUUAUAAAUGUAAAGAAUGCGGAAAAGCCUUCGGUCACCACUCAAGUCUUAUUCAACACCAGCGAAUUCAUAAUGGAGAGAAACCUUACAAAUGUAAAGAAUGUGGAAAAGCCUUUAUCAAGAACUCACAUCUUACUCAACAUCAGAGAAUUCAUACUGAGGAAAAACCUUGUAAAUGUAAGGAAAGUGGCAAAGGCUUUAAUCAGAGCUCACUCUAUAGCCAUAGGAAAAUUCAUACAGGAUGGCAACCUUUCAAAUGUACAGAAUGUGGCGAAGCCUUUAUCCAGUGCUCAUAUCUCACUUGACAUCAGCAAAUUCAUACUGGAGAGAAGCCUUAUAAAUAUAUACUUAAGAAAUGUACAGAAUGUGGCAAGGCCUUUAUCCAUUGCUCAAAAUUUAUUCAACAUAAGAGAAUUCAUACUGAGGAGAAACAUUAUAAAUGCACAGAGUGUGGCAAAACCUUUAAUCAUAGUUCCACUCUUAAUAGGCAUCCGAUAAUUCAUACUGGAGAGAAACCUUAUAAAUAUAAGGAAUGUGGCAAAGCCUUUACCCAGAGCUCAAGUCUUAGUCAACAUCAGAGAAUUCAUCCUUCAGAGAAAACUUAAAAAUUUAAAUGUAAGGAAAGUGGAUUAACUACAGUCAGCAUGCUGCGCAUACCUCCCCAGGACACACUCAUUUCACAACUCAAAGAGUCGCUGUCUCUGCUUCUCCGGAUCCCGCCUUCCGCCCACUACUCCUACAGGCGUUCCAAAAGCAGGAACCGGCUUCAGUGCGGACUUCAAAGCAAAAGGCAGGCGCCCCUUCGCCGCUUCUGGAGACGUCUGAAUCUACUGGGGGUGGUGGGGCGGGAGCGGGGAUUUAGAGGGCUGCUGACAUUCCAGGAUGUGACCGUAAAUUUCACUCAAGAGGAGUGGGAAUGCCUGGACCUCGGUCAGCAGGAGUUGUACAGGGACGUGAUGUUAGAGAAUUACAGGAAUCUGGCCUGCUUGGGUCUUGUGGUCUCUAAGCCGGACCUGGUCACGUUUCUGGAGCAAAUGAAGGAUCCCUCUUUUAACCAGUCUUCAAAACUUAUUCAACAGCAGAAUAUUCAGAAUAAGUGGAAACAUUGCAAGUGUAAUACAUGUGGAAAAGUCUUUAGAAACUCACCAAAUCUAAGUAGACAUAGGAAAAUCCAUACAGGAAGGAAAGAUUUCAAAUGUACAGCAUGUGGCCAAACCUUUAAUCAGAGUUCAUAUUUAACUGAACAUCUGGGAAUCCAUGCUGGGGAGAAACCAUACAAAUGUACAGAAUGUGACAAAGUCUUUAUCUGCUGUUCAUGUGUUACUCAACAUCAGCAAAUUCAUACUAGGGAGAGACCUUAUAAAUGUACAGCAUGUGGCAAGGCUUUUAAGCAGCGUUCAGGUUUAACUAAACAUCACCGAAUCCAUACAGGGGAGAGACCUUAUAAAUGUACAGAAUGUGGCAAAGCCUUUAUCAAUUAUUCGCUUCUUACUCGACAUGAAUGAAUCCAUUCUGGGGAGAGACCUUAUAAAUGUACAGCAUGUGGCAAGGCUUUUAAGCAGCGUUCAGCUUUAACUGAACAUCAGCGAAUCCAUACUGGGGAGAGACCUUAUAAAUGUCCAGAAUGUGGCAAAGCGUUUAUCAAUUAUUCACUUCUUACUCCACAUCAACGAAUCCAUACUGGGGAGACACCUUAUAAAUGUACAGCAUCUGGCAAAGCCUUUAUCCGUUAUUCUUUUCUUACUCGACAUCAGCGAAUCCAUGCUGGGGAGAGACCUUAUAAA